UUCAUCCUAACGAAACCAUUUAUAGGGAGUUAUGAUUCUGUUUUUCAGUUCAUUUAUCCUGUAAAUGGGGUCAUAAACAUUGAAGUACUAGGAAACAUUGGAUUGAUAUUCUACUCAUUCCUCAGUGGUUUGGAGAUGAAUUUGAAUACCAUUCUAAAAGCAAAUAGUAAAGCAAAAAGCAUUGCCAUUGCCGGGAUCGUCUUUCCCAUGGCGACGGCACCAGCUUUAUAUGCAUGCACCGAAAAGUUUAUAUGGGACCUUCUUUCUACAAACUUGAAGAAGACACAACUCAUGCUUAUUUACUUUGGACUCUAGUUAUCACUGUAACAGGUUUUCCAGUCGUAGCUUACUGCCUUUCUGAUCUCAAGCUCCUUCAUACGGGUCUCGGCAAAAAUGCUUUAACAGCAGCCAUGAUUAGUGAUACUUAUGCAUGGAUUCUUUUCACAUUAGCGGUUCCAUUUUGUAUUAAUGCUAAAGGAGCAAUUUACUCAGUGGUAUGUACCAUAAUAUUCAUUGUAUUUUGCAUCUUUGUGCUACAUCCUGUGUUUAUAAGGUUCAUUAAUAGCAAGACCGAAAAUGAUGACUGGAACAAUGGCCAGCUAGUCUUUGUGGUGAUGGGGGUCUUAGCUUUUUCAUACUUAACAGAUCUUCUUGGAACUCAUGGGAUUGUUGGGGCUUUUGUGUAUGGACUCAUUCUACCUCAUGGCAAAUUUUCUGACAUGGUUAUGUCAGUUUCAGAUGAUUUUGCUACUGGGUUUCUAGCACCAAUCUACUUCGCUGGAGUUGGAUUAAGACUCACAUUACCAUCUAUUUUUGAGCAGCAAAAUUGGCACUUGACAUUGCUAGUUGUACUUUUGCUGUGUGUUCCAAAGAUUUUAAGCACUAUGUUCACUGGUUUCUUCUUCGGCAUGUGCAACCAAGAAGGUCUAGCCUUGGGCUUGAUUAUGAAUACCAAGGGUGCCAUGGCACUGAUCAUGCUAAAUAUUGCUUGGGAUAGAGGGAUAUUCUCUCCAGCAACCUACACUGUUAUUACCUCUGUUGUUCUCCUAAUGACUGCAGUGGUAUCUCCAACUAUUAAUAUCAUCUACAAGCCUAGAAAGAUAUUUGGGCAGAACAAUCUAAAGACAAUACAAAAGCUAAGAGCUGAUGCAGAGCUUCGAAUUCUGACGUGUGUCCACAACACCCGCCAAGCCACCGGCAUGAUCAGCUUAAUUAAAUUAUUUAAUAUCACAAGACUUUCUCCAAUACAAGUUUUUACACUCUACCUUGUUGAAUUCACCAAACGCGGUGCUGCGCUUGUUGCUGCUCACAUGGAGAAGCCUAGAAGCCAUAACAGAGUGCAAAACCUGACUGCAACACAGGUAGAGUUAGAUAACAUUACUAGUAUCUUCGAAGAAUUCAGAGAGGAACAUGAUGCUGCAAGAGUCCAUACCUCAAGUGUCAUGUCAAACUACGACACCAUUCAUGAGGAUAUACACAUGACAGCAAAUGAGAAACAUACAAGCCUAAUUCUCCUUCCAUUCCACAAACAAUUAUCUUCAGAAGGGGUGUUAGAGACAACAAGUCUUCAAUAUAGAGAUAUAAACCAAAUGGUAAUGCAUGAUGCACCUUGUUCUGUGGGAAUCUUUGUUGAUCGUUGUUCUAGGAUCUUACCGAAAAAGGACUUCCACAUUCUCAUGCUUUUUAUUGGUGGUCCUCAUGAUCGUGAAGCCUUGGCUGUUGCGCAGAGGAUGGCGGGGAAGACAGAAGUCAUGCUAACAGUGCUUCGAUUCUUAUUUCUUGAUGAACUGGCAGAGGUGGAUACAAAAAGUUACCCUGAAGCGCAAAGGUUGUUAUCUUCUGUGAUGGACAUUGAGCAGCAGAAAGAGUUGGACGAUGAGUAUGUGAGUUCAUUCAGACUCAAAACAGUGAAUAUGAGUGAUAAUUCUAUAUCCUACUCAGAGAUCGGUGUGCAUUCUAUUACUGAUAUCAACACAGUCCUAAAUGAGAUAGAAAAUAAUGGCUGCGAUUUAUACAUAAUUGGACAAGGAAAUUGUAAGAACUCUCGUGUGUUCUCGAAUUUAUUGGAGUGGUGUGAUUUCCCAGAACUUGGAGUUAUGGGGGAUAUUAUUGCGUCAAAGAAUUUUAGUUCACGUUCAUCUAUGCUGGUUGUGCAGCAGUAUGGGUUUGGAGGAAUGGUUUAUGGAAAAGAUGGGUUCAAGUCGCUUGAGGUAUGCAUACAGGCAGUAGUUCAAAUCAGUCGAAUUCAGAUAAUGGUUCAUCGCAUGGAGCUGGAUCAUCUACAUAACCACAAAAAAGUUCCAUUUCAGAUCAAAGUAGCAUACUCACAUCAUCAGUUGGAACUUUCAAGUUCAAGGAAAAGUCCACUUGAUCCUUCCUUAAUGAAGGACUUGACUGCAUUGAUUGACAAAGACAAUGAAUUAGCAAAAAUGUUUCAGAGAGUUAAAGACUUUGUCGAGACUGAUGGUUCUUCAAAUUUCUAUCUCAAAUUGUAUUGUAACAAAACUAAGGAUCCAAGAACUUAUAAUAUGCCCACGGCUGAUGAGGUGGCGGCUUUGAUUAUAGGUGAUCUAGACACUGUGAAUGAAGGUGGGAUGCGAUACAUGUUCAACAAUUGUCAAGAUGACAUGACUAUUUGCAAAAGAUUUGAGUAUCUAGAUUUAUUUAUAACCAUGACCUGCAAUGCAAACUGGAAAGAAAUUCAAGAUUUUGUAACUCCAAGAGGUCUUCGAACAGAUGACCGACCUGACAUUGUGGCUAGAGUUUUCAAAAUGAAGUUGAAUGAUUUGAUGUCCAAUUUGAAGAAAGUACGUACACAAUUGUGUUUCAGAAAAAGAAGGCUUCCACAUGACCACAUCUUAAUAUGGUUGCAAGGUGAAGGGAAGUUUAAAACAUGGGAUGACAUUGAUAAGAGCUCAACUACAAUUGAUGAGGAAGGCUAUCCUAAAUACAGGAGAAGAAAUACUAGAGUUAGUGUUACAAAGAAAGACACUGUGAUGGAUAAUACGUAUGUUGUACCUUAUAAUCCAGGUCUCCUCGUGAGGUAUCAGGCCCAUAUCAACGUGGAGUACUGUAACAAGUCAAACUCCAUAAAAUAUUUGUUUAAAUAUGUAAAUAAAGGUCCUGAUAGAGUUUCUGUUGAAAUUUCUAAUAGAGAUAAAGAUUCAAAUAAAGAAAAAGGUGUUGACGAGAUAAAGCAUUAUUACGACUGCACGUAUUUGUCUCCAUGA